CAACUGCCAGCCAAGGAGCAGACAGACAGACAGCACUCACUACCCUACUCUGCUGAACUGAGAAAAUGCCGCGAUCUUUUUUGGUAAAAAGUAAAAAAACGCACACAUACAACCAGCAUCGCUAUGUAGAAGAGCAGCCAGUCACUGGCGUCGACCUAGUGGCAACAGUCUACCAUGCUCAUUGCACGGAAUGUCCAGCGGAAUCCCCGGCUUUUAGCACUGACCUUACCGAAAAACAGCAUACGCCUGAAAAUGUCAUAACAGAGGAGGCGAGAAGUGAUCCAGGAGAUCCAAGAGAGAAGAUCCCAUUCUUAAGUAGAAGCAUCUCCCCAAAUUCAUUCCAAGGAAUAGCCCUGUCUUCAAUGAGACCUUUAAAACACUAUGACCACAGCCCUCUGUCUGCCUUCUACACACAGAACUUCUCCUGGGAUGCUCUGCACUCCACUUAUGGCUUCAAGCAGAUACCAUCCCACAUACACCCCUCCAUGCUCCAGAACUCCAUCAACUUGUAUAGCUGUCCCCCAAGAGUGGACUCAGACUCAGACCAUCCUAUCAAUUAUAGCAUGAGUUACUCUCCAAAAAUGGAUACCUACCACUGUGUGAAGUGUAGCAAAGUGUUCUCCACUUCACAUGGCUUGGAGGUUCAUGUUCGAAGAUCUCACAGUGGAAUGCGACCAUUUGUGUGUAACAUCUGUGGGAAAUCCUUUGGGCACGCAGUCAGCUUGGAACAGCAUCUAAAUGUCCACUCCCAGGAGAGAAGUUUUGAGUGCAAAAUGUGUGGAAAGACUUUUAAACGUUCCUCCACAUUGUCUACCCACCUCCUCAUCCACUCAGACACACGGCCAUACCCCUGCCAGUUUUGCGGGAAGAGAUUCCACCAGAAGUCUGACAUGAAGAAGCAUACUUAUAUCCAUACAGGUGAGAAACCUCACAAAUGCCAAGUUUGUGGAAAGGCUUUCAGCCAGAGCUCCAACCUUAUCACCCACAGCCGCAAGCACACCGGCUUCAAGCCUUUCAGCUGUGACUUGUGCUGUAAAGGAUUCCAACGCAAAGUGGAUCUACGACGACACCGAGAAAACCAGCAUGGAUUGAAAUGAUGAUGACGAUUUAUUUUCAUACAUCUCUGCCUAUACCGAUGUCAGUGGACCGGAGAUGUUUUUAAGAAUACAUCUCAAUAUGAUGCUUUGUGAAAGGCCUGUGAUUUAAAGCUGUCCAUGCCAAGAGUUUCUGCAGCUGACUUGGAGGAUCUUUGUUAUAGACAAAAGCCACCACACUUUUCAACCAAUCAGAAACACAAUAAAGCAACAAUGAAGAAUAUGAACUGGGUUACGCAACCAUCGCCUGACUGAAUGUGAUUGGUAGUUUGAGCACAUAUACACCUACUGAGCCAUAGUGUGCCUUAAAAAUAGCUUUUGUAUAUUUGAUAAUAAAACUGAUUUGUAUAUAUUAUUUUCUUAAUGCUCUCUAUGUUAAAAAAAUAUGAAUAAAUCAAUAUUGUUCUCCAUU